AUGGCUGGCGCAGUCGCCAUCAUCACUGCCUCUGGAGCAAUAUGGGGAGCAAGCUUGAAGAUGGGCCAUGAGGAACAAAAGCGAAUCCAACAAAGUAUGGAAGCUACGCCAGAGGAGAAAAUCAACACGCUCAUGGUGGUGAGGGAAAACUUAGUGGCGAAGCGGGCGAUGCUUGAGCAGCAGAUCAAGGGAAUUGAAACGAGACAGGCAGAGAAAGCAGAACUUCUACGGCAAAAGGGGCAAUAUCAACAGCGACCGCAAAUGCAACAUGAACACCAACUGCAAAAAGAGAAGCAGAGGUGA